CAGACGACAGUAGCUCACUUGGUGGUGGUUAUACUAAGAUCAAGCUCGAAAACUUUAACCUCUGGUCGGAUGCGGACUAUAUUUCUAUUGCCGAUCAGUCGAUCACUUCGUCUGAUGGAUCACCGCAUCCGUCGUCGAACUAUCUUCCAAUUUGGCGCAAAGCAUCCAAGUCGGCAACCCGCAUUACUCCCGGUCGGAUCAAGAUAGCAGCUAGAAAGACCUCUUCGCUGUGUGCUCCGGUGGUCCCUUCUCCAAGCAAGGCUUCGCAAAAGACAUCGAUAAUUUCACUGAACAGUAGUAACUCCAGUGUAGGAUCGAAUUCGUCGCUUCCAUCCAAUGGUACCAGCGCCACUGGUGUGCGCAAAGAGGAUCAAAUUGUGUUUCAACAUGAGAACGAUACCAAGCCGUGGAAGUGCAAGACAUGUGGCCGUAAUUACAAAUGGAAAAACAGUCUCAAGUGCCACAUCAAAAAUGAAUGUGGUGUUCCGCCAAACUGUGAUGUUGAAGAAAAACGCAAGCAAAAACUAAAUGUUGCCCUUGAACACAUACAAACACGCAUACAUCUGAUAUCUGAAAUACCCUUCCGCUAUACUGAUCCUCAUUUUUACUUCCAUUAUUCAGUUUCUGUAUCUGCAGGUCCCUCAACACCUAGCGGCCCGGGUGGUGGUGAAGCGACGAUAAUCCAUAGUGAAGUGAUAGUAACAGGAACUCAUCAGCAGCAACCACAACCGCCAAUAGACGAUCAGCCCUGUGAUCUGAGAUUACUGACACCUAAUUAUCUGCGCGAAUUUGCUGCCGAAUCAUCGGCACAGCAACGAGAUUUGAUUGCGGCAGCGGCUGCUGCAGCUGCAGCAGUAGCCAAUGCUGGCGGUACUAGCAGUAGUCCCCUGCCUGUACCCAUUUUCAAAGUUGAUCGUGACGAGGCUGCUGAAUCCUCUUAUGACGGUGACUCGUUGGUUACUGCAAUGUACAAUGUGAAUAGCCGAGAUGAUACAUCGAUAUCACUUGUGAUAGGAUGCCCUGAUGCCGCUGGUUUCUUCCAUUGUCCGAAUGGUACCUGUGAUCGAAAAUACAAAAUAAAAUAUUCUUUGAUUCGCCACCUACGCAAUGAGUGCAUUGAUAAUCGACGUUUUCCGUGUCCAUUUUGUAAAAAAAAGUUUUCAUAUUCUUUCAUAUUGAAUAGGCACAUCCUGAAGGUACAUAAGACCUUGCAUUGUUAGUAUAAAAGUGAAUCUGUGAAGACAUCGUGUCCCUUUACAUUCCAAAUAGUUUGCUUCCCUACCAUUGAUCCAAAUAUUCAGAUAUUUUGUUUAGCAGCUACCCUAGAUUGACAAAGCCAAAUUUAUAGGUUCUAUCUGUCUACCUUUAGAUUUGUGUAAGAAAUAAAUGAAUAUAUGGAUACUACAUUCAUAUAGAAGAUCAUCGAAUAUGAA